AUGCAACCUACACGAUCGAUCUAUAUCUAUCUAUCUAUCUAUCUAUCUAUCUAUCUAUCUAUCACCGUCAAUGUAUUUGUUUCUAUCUAUCUAUCUAUCUAUCUAUCUAUCUAUCUAUCUAUCACAAUCUAUUUAUAUAUAUAUAUAUAUAUAUAUAUAUAUGUGUGUGUGUGUGUGUGUGUCUAUCACAGUCUAUUCAUUAUCUAUCUAUCUAUCUAUCUAUCUAUCUAUCUUAUCGUUCGCGGCUCCCCUCCCACAGCACCACCUCGAUUCACCUUUGAUUCAAGUCUCCCUAUCACGCAACGCCCAACUACCACCGAGGAUGAAACAAGUUCCCGAUAUUUCAUCAAUGGAAGCGAAAUCCUACCCUGCACUGACCCCACCCCCGGUCCGUCCCCACCCCCCCACUGCGCACCGCCUCGGCCUGUUCCGCCCCUCGGUGUUGGUAAGUUAAUCAAUUCAUUUUUAUCCGAUUUCUUUACUUUUUGUUUUUUCAUAUUACUUAUGACAAAACCGUGGUCAUCAAAUAGUAAAUUCAGGUCAGGUCGUUACACCCAUAUAAUAACUCUCUCUCCCCCUCUCUCUCUUUUUCUCUCUCUCCAUCUCUCUCCCUCUCUCUCUUUCUCUCUCUCCCCUCUGUUCCCCCUCUCUUUUGGGGAAAUCUCUCCCCUCUCUCUUUCUCCCUCGCCCCUCUCCCCCUCUUUCUCCCCCCCUCUCUUUCUCUCCCCCUUUCUCUCUCUCUCUCCCUCUCUCCCCCUCUCUUUCUCUCUCUCCCUAGACCCGAGCUGGUCUAAGAGGGCAUUUUCAAGAGUUUUGAAAUUGUAUGCGGAAACAAAAUCUUUCUUUUUUCUCUUCCCCUCUCUCUCUCUCUCUCUCUCUCUUUUAACACAGGGUUAA